CGGGACCGGACCCGAUGCUAUGAGAGCGAAGCGAGCCGGGCGCCCAGACCUGCGGGAGGCGUCUGAUGCGUGGUGGGUCUCAGGACCCGGAGCUCUCGCCCGCUCGCCUUGCCCUCUGGUGAUUAUUUGGCUCUGUUCUUAGCCCUGCCGUUCCUCCGAGGAGACCGACGCUUUGGAGAAGAGCCGGCGGUGUCGUGUGCGUGUGGAAUAUCUGCAGACAUGACUGCGUGGAGGAAAUUCAAGUCGCUGCUCCUGCUCCUGCUGCCGGCGGUUCUGUGCGCGGGGCUCCCCACUGCAGCUAAGGGUCAGAAUUGUGGUGGCCUGGCCCAGGGUCCCAAUGGUACCAUCCAGAGCCCAGGCUUUCCCCAUGGUUAUCCCAACUACGCCAACUGCACCUGGAUCAUCGUCACUGGGGAGCGGAACAGGAUUCAGCUUUCCUUCCACACCUUUGCUCUGGAGGAGGACUUCGACAUCCUGUCGGUUUAUGAUGGACAGCCCCAGCAAGGGAACCUGAAAGUGAGGCUGUCAGGCUUCCAGCUCCCAUCUUCUAUCGUGAGCACCGGGUCUCUCCUCACUCUGUGGUUCACCACGGACUUCGCAGUGAGCGCCCAGGGCUUCAAGGCCCUGUAUGAAGUUCUGCCUAGUCACACAUGUGGAAACCCUGGAGAAAUCCCAAAAGGAGUCCUCCAUGGAACAAGAUUCAACAUAGGAGACAAGAUCCGGUACAGCUGUCUCUCUGGCUACAUCUUAGAAGGUCAUGCCAUUCUGACCUGCAUUGUUAGCCCUGGGAAUGGUGCAUCCUGGGACUUCCCAGCACCUUUCUGUCGAGCUGAAGGAGCUUGUGGAGGAACCUUGAGAGGAACCAGCAGCUCCAUCUCCAGUCCUCAUUUCCCCUCAGAAUAUGAAAACAACGCUGAUUGCACUUGGACCAUCCUUGCUGAACCGGGAGAUACCAUUGCUCUGGUCUUCACUGACUUUCAGCUGGAGGAAGGCUACGAUUUCUUAGAGAUCAGUGGCACAGAAGCACCUUCCAUAUGGCUCACAGGCAUGAACCUCCCCUCUCCUGUGAUCAGCAGUAAGAACUGGCUACGUCUACAUUUCACAUCUGACAGCAACCAUCGGCGCAAGGGGUUCAAUGCACAGUUUCAAGUGAAAAAGGCAAUCGAGCUGAAGUCCAGAGGAGUCAAGAUGCUUCCCAGCAAGGACAGCAGCCACAAAAACUCUGUCUUGACUCAAGGAGGUGAGGCUUUAGUCUCUGACAUGUGUCCAGACCCCGGGAUUCCAGAAAAUGGUAGAAGAACUGGUUCUGACUUCAGGGUUGGUGCGAAUGUUCAGUUCUCCUGCGAGGAUAAUUAUGUGCUUCAGGGAUCCAAGGCCAUCACGUGCCAGAGAGUUACUGAGACCCUUGCAGCGUGGAGUGACCACAGGCCCAUCUGCCGAGCUAGAACGUGUGGAUCAAAUCUUCGUGGACCCAGUGGUGUCAUUACCUCCCCUAACUACCCCGUGCAGUAUGAGGACAAUGCACACUGUGUGUGGGUCAUCACUACCACCGAUCCCGACAAGGUCAUCAAGCUUGCCUUUGAAGAGUUUGAGUUGGAAAGAGGCUAUGACACCCUGACGGUCGGGGAUGCUGGGAAAGUGGGGGACACCAGAUCCGUCUUGUAUGUCCUCACGGGGUCCAAUGUUCCUGACCUGAUCGUUAGCAUGAGCAAUCAGAUGUGGCUCCAUCUCCAGUCUGAUGACAGCAUCGGUUCUCCUGGGUUUAAGGCUGUGUAUCAAGAAAUUGAGAAGGGAGGAUGUGGGGAUCCUGGCAUCCCAGCCUAUGGGAAGCGGACAGGCAGCAGUUUCCUUCAUGGGGACACGCUCACUUUUGAAUGCCAGGCAGCCUUUGAGCUGGUUGGAGAGAGAGUAAUCACCUGUCAACAAAACAACCAGUGGUCUGGCAACAAACCCAGCUGUGUGUUUUCAUGUUUCUUCAACUUCACGGCAUCAUCUGGCAUAAUCCUCUCCCCAAAUUAUCCAGAGGAAUAUGGCAACAACAUGAAUUGUGUUUGGUUGAUCAUAUCUGAGCCUGGAAGUAGAAUUCACCUCAUCUUCAAUGACUUUGAUGUGGAACCUCAGUUUGACUUCCUUGCUGUCAAAGAUGAUGGGAUUUCUGACAUAACUGUCCUUGGGACAUUUUCUGGCAAUGAGGUCCCAGCACAGCUGGCCAGCAGUGGACACAUAGUACGCCUGGAGUUUCAAUCUGACCACUCCACUACUGGCAGGGGUUUCAACAUCACCUACACCACAUUUGGUCAAAAUGAGUGCCACGACCCUGGGAUUCCAAUUAAUGGACGGCGUUUUGGUGACAGGUUUCUGCUAGGGAGCUCAGUGUCCUUCCACUGUGAUGAUGGUUUUGUGAAAACCCAGGGAUCUGAGUCUAUCACCUGCAUACUACAAGAUGGGAAUGUGGUCUGGAGCUCCGCUGUUCCCCGCUGUGAAGCUCCCUGUGGUGGACACCUGACAGCAUCUAGUGGGGUCAUUUUGCCCCCAGGAUGGCCUGGUUACUAUAAGGAUUCUUUAAACUGUGAAUGGGUCAUUGAAGCAAAGCCAGGUCAUUCCAUCAAAAUAACAUUUGAUAGGUUCCAGACAGAAGUCAAUUAUGAUACACUGGAGGUCAGGGAUGGGCCAGCCAGCUCAUCCCCACUGAUUGGAGAAUAUCACGGCACCCAGGCUCCACAGUUCCUCAUUAGCACAGGGAACCACAUGUACCUGCUCUUCACCACUGACAGCAGCCGGGCCAGUGUUGGCUUCCUCAUCCAUUAUGAGAGUGUGACGCUGGAAUCAGACUCCUGCCUUGACCCAGGCAUCCCUGUGAAUGGUCAUCGACAUGGCAGUAACUUUGGCAUCAAAUCCACAGUGACAUUCAGCUGUGGUCCAGGAUAUACACUGAGUGAUGACGAGCCUCUUGUUUGUGAGAGGAACCAUCAGUGGAAUCAUGCCCUGCCCAGCUGUGAUGCACUUUGUGGAGGCUACAUCCAUGGGAAAAGUGGAACAGUCCUUUCUCCAGGAUUUCCAGACUUCUAUCCAAAUUCUCUCAACUGCACAUGGACCAUUGAAGUAUCCCAUGGAAAGGGAGUGCAGAUGAGCUUCCACACUUUCCAUCUGGAGAGUUCCCAUGACUACUUGCUGAUCACGGAGGAUGGGAGCUUCUCUGAGCCAGUGGCCAGGCUUACUGGGUCAGUCCUGCCUCACACCAUCAAGGCCGGCUUGUUUGGAAACUUCACUGCCCAGCUUAGGUUCAUAUCAGAUUUCUCCAUAUCCUAUGAGGGGUUUAACAUCACAUUUUCAGAAUAUGAUCUGGAGCCAUGUGAUGACCCUGGAGUUCCUGCAUUCAGCCGCAGAAUUGGCUUUCAGUUUGGAGUAGGUGACAUACUGACAUUCUCCUGCUUCCCUGGAUAUCGCCUAGAAGGUGCAACCAAGCUUACCUGCCUGGGUGGGGGCCGCCGAGUGUGGAGUGCACCUCUGCCAAGGUGUGUGGCUGAAUGUGGAGCAAGUGUAAAAGGAAAUGAAGGAACAUUGCUGUCUCCAAAUUUCCCAUCUAAUUAUGAUAAUAACCAUGAGUGUAUAUAUAAAAUAGAAACAGAAGCCGGAAAGGGGAUUCAUCUCAGAGCACGCAGCUUCCAGCUCUUUGAAGGAGAUACUCUCAAGGUUUAUGAUGGGAAGGACAGCUCAUCACGUCCACUGGGUGUCUUCACAAAGAGCGAGCUGACAGGGCUGGUACUCAAUAGCACAUCCAAUCACCUGUGGCUGGAGUUCAACACCAAUGGUUCAGAUACUGCCCAAGGCUUCCAGCUCACCUAUACCAGUUUUGACCUAGUAAGAUGUGAGGACCCAGGAAUCCCUAACUAUGGCUACAGGAUCCGUGACGAAGGCCACUUCACCGACACCAUGGUUCUGUAUAGCUGCAACCCAGGCUAUGCCAUGCAUGGCAGCAGCACCCUGACCUGCCUGAGUGGGGACCGGAGGGUGUGGGACAAACCUGUGCCCUCUUGUGUGGCGGAAUGUGGAGGUCGGAUCCAUGCAGCCACAUCGGGGCGCAUACUAUCUCCAGGCUACCCGGCCCCAUAUGACAAUAACCUCCACUGCACAUGGACCAUAGAAGCAGACCCAGGAAAGACCAUCAGCCUGCAUUUCAUUGUCUUUGACACGGAGAUGGCUCACGACAUCCUUAAAGUCUGGGAUGGCCCUGUGGACAGCAACAUCCUGCUGAAGGAAUGGAGCGGCUCAGCUCUGCCGGAGGACAUCCACAGCACCUUCAACUCACUGACACUACAGUUCGACAGUGACUUCUUCAUCAGCAAGUCAGGAUUCUCCAUCCAGUUCUCCACAUCCAUUGCGUCCACAUGCAAUGACCCUGGGAUGCCACAGAAUGGCACACGCUAUGGUGACAGCCGUGAGCCCGGAGACACCAUCACUUUCCAGUGUGACCCUGGAUAUCAACUUCAAGGUCAAUCCAAAGUCACUUGUGUGCAGCUCAACAACAGGUUCUUCUGGCAACCAGACCCUCCUACAUGCAUAGCUGCAUGUGGAGGUAACCUGACAGGCCCAGCGGGAGUCAUUUUGUCUCCUAACUAUCCACAGCCAUACCCCCCAGGGAAGGAGUGUGACUGGAGAAUAAAGGUGAACCCGGACUUUGUCAUUGCCUUGAUAUUCAAAAGCUUCAAUAUGGAGCCCAGCUAUGACUUCCUUCACAUCUAUGAAGGAGAAGACUCCAACAGCCCUUUGAUUGGAAGCUUCCAGGGUUCACAGGCCCCAGAAAGGAUCGAGAGUAGUGGAAAUAGCCUCUUCCUAGCUUUUCGGAGUGAUGCUUCUGUGGGCUUAUCGGGAUUUGCCAUCGAAUUCAAAGAGAAGCCAAGGGAGGCUUGUUUUGACCCAGGAAACAUAAUGAAUGGGACCAGGAUUGGAACUGACUUCAAACUAGGCUCUACUGUCAACUACCAAUGUGACUCUGGCUACAAGAUCAUGGAACCUUCGUCCAUCAUGUGUGUGAUUGGAGCUGAUGGAAAGCCCUCCUGGGACCGUGCACUGCCCACCUGCCAGGCUCCAUGUGGUGGCCAGUACACAGGAUCAGAAGGUGUCGUUUUGUCACCAAACUACCCUCAUAAUUACACAGCUGGUCAAAUAUGUAUCUAUUCUAUAACUGUUCCAAAGGAAUUUGUGGUAUUUGGGCAGUUUGCAUACUUCCAGACCACACUGAAUGACUUGGCUGAGUUAUUUGAUGGAACCCACCCACAGGCCAGGCUUCUCAGCUCACUGUCUGGCUCCCAUUCAGGUGAGACGUUGCCCUUGGCAACAUCAAAUCAAAUUCUGCUUCGAUUCAGCGCUAAGAGUGGAGCAUCUGCCAGAGGUUUCCACUUUGUUUACCAGGCGGUUCCACGCACCAGUGACACCCAGUGCAGCUCCGUUCCAGAGCCCAGAUAUGGAAGGAGGAUUGGUUCUGAGUUUUCAGCAGGCUCUAUUGUGAGAUUUGAGUGCAAUCCUGGAUACCUGCUUCAAGGCUCCACAGCCAUUCGUUGUCAGUCUGUGCCCAAUGCUUUAGCCCAGUGGAACGACACCAUCCCAAGCUGUGUAGUUCCCUGCAGUGGUAACUUCACUCAGCGGAGAGGGACCAUUUUGUCUCCUGGCUACCCUGAGCCCUACGGCAACAACUUGAACUGUGUGUGGAAGAUCAUAGUGACAGAGGGGUCAGGGAUUCAGAUUCAAGUGAUCAGCUUUGCCACGGAGCAGAACUGGGACUCUUUAGAGAUCCAUGAUGGUGGGGACAUGCAGGCGCCAAAGCUGGGAAGCUUCUCAGGUACCACAGUGCCGGCACUUCUGAACAGCACAUCCAACCAGCUGUGUCUGCACUUCCAAUCGGACAUCAGUGUUGCCGCUGCUGGCUUCCACCUGGAAUAUAAAACGGUCGGUCUUGCAGCAUGCCAGGAGCCUGCUCUCCCCAGCAAUGGCAUCAGGAUAGGAGACCGCUACAUGGUGAAUGAUGUGCUAUCUUUCCAGUGUGAGCCUGGAUAUACCUUGCAGGGUCGCUCACACAUUUCCUGUAUGCCAGGAACAGUUCGUCGCUGGAAUUACCCAUCACCACUGUGCAUCGCCACCUGUGGAGGGACGUUGACCAGCAUGGGUGGAGUGAUCCUGAGCCCAGGGUUUCCAGGCUCCUAUCCCAACAACUUGGACUGUACCUGGAAGAUAUCAUUGCCCAUUGGCUAUGGUGCACAUAUCCAGUUUCUGAACUUCUCAACCGAAGCUAACCAUGACUACUUGGAGAUCCAGAAUGGUCCAUACCACACCAGCCCUAUGAUGGGUCAGUUCAGUGGUCCUGAUCUGCCCUCGGCUCUGCUGAGCACCACACAUGAAACCCUUAUCCACUUUUAUAGUGACCAUUCACAGAACCGACAAGGAUUCAAACUUGCUUACCAAGCCUAUGAGUUACAGAACUGUCCAGACCCACCUGCCUUCCAGAAUGGCUUCAUGAUCAACUCAGACUACAGUGUGGGCCAGUCAAUCUCGUUUGAAUGCUACCCUGGGUACAUCUUGCUAGGCCACCCUGUGCUCACAUGCCAACAUGGCACCGACAGGAACUGGAACUACCCUUUCCCACGGUGUGAUGCUCCCUGUGGGUAUAAUGUGACAUCCCAGAAUGGCACCAUUUAUUCCCCGGGGUUUCCAGAUGAGUACCCGAUUCUGAAGGACUGCCUGUGGUUGGUCACGGUUCCCCCAGGACAUGGAGUUUACAUCAACUUUACUUUGCUGCAGACGGAGGCUGUUAAUGAUUACAUCGCUGUCUGGGAUGGUCCUGACCAGAAUUCACCUCAGCUUGGAGUUUUCAGUGGAAACACCGCCCUGGAAACAGCAUACAGUUCCACCAACCAGGUCCUGCUGAAGUUCCACAGUGACUUCUCCAAUGGUGGCUUCUUUGUGCUCAACUUUCAUGCAUUUCAGCUAAAGAAGUGCCCACCUCCUGCGGCAGUGCCCCAGGCUGACCUGCUUACCGAGGAUGAGGAUUUUGAAAUAGGGGACUUUGUGAAGUACCAGUGCCACCCUGGGUAUACCUUAUUGGGGAGUGACACACUGACCUGCAAGCUCAGCUCCCAGCUGCAGUUUGAAGGCUCUCCACCCACCUGUGAAGCACAAUGCCCAGCAAAUGAAGUUCGGACAGAAUCUUCUGGAGUGAUCCUUAGUCCAGGGUAUCCAGGCAACUAUUUUAACUCUCAGACAUGUUCUUGGAGCAUUAAAGUUGAGCCAAAUUUUAAUAUUACUAUCUUUGUGGACACAUUUCAAAGUGAGAAACAAUUUGAUGCAUUGGAAGUAUUUGAUGGGUCUUCUGGACAAAGUCCUUUGUUAGUGGUAUUAAGUGGGAAUCUCACUGAACAAUCCAACUUCACCAGUAGAAGUAACCAACUCUACCUCCGCUGGUCCACUGACCAUGCAACCAGCAAGAAAGGAUUCAAGAUUCGCUAUGCAGCCCCUUACUGUAGCCUGAUAUCCACGCUGAAGAAUGGUGGCAUUUUAAACAGGACUGCAGGGACAGUGGGGAGCAAGGUUCAUUACUUUUGCAAGUCUGGAUAUCGAAUGAUCGGCCACAGCAAUGCAACCUGCAUGAGAAACCCAGCUGGAAUGUACCAGUGGGAUUCCCUUGCACCUCUCUGCCAGGCUGUCUCCUGUGGAAUCCCAGAGGCUCCAGGAAAUGGCUCAUUUACAGGCAAUGAGUUCACUUUGGAUAGUAAAGUGACAUAUGAAUGUAACAAGGGCUUCAAAUUGGAGACCAGCCAACAAGCAACUGCUGUGUGUCAGGAGGAUGGGCUGUGGAGUAACAGAGGAAAGCCACCUGCAUGCAAACCGGUGCCCUGUCCCAGCAUCGAAACCCAGCUGUCAGAACAUGUCCUCUGGAGGCUGGUUUCGGGGUCACUGAAUGAAUAUGGAGCUCAGGUUCUGCUAAGCUGCAGCCCCGGCUACUACUUAGAGGGACAGAGGCUCUUGCAGUGCCAAGCAAAUGGGACCUGGAGCACAGGAGAAGACAGACCCUGCUGUAAAGUUAUUUCCUGCGGAAGCCUGUCCUUUCCCCCAAAUGGUAACAAGAUAGGGACACUGACUGUGUAUGGUGCCACAGCCAUCUUUACCUGCAACACCGGCUACACACUCGUGGGCUCCCACGUCAGAGAGUGCUUGGCAAACGGCCUCUGGAGUGGGUCCGAAACACGGUGUCUGGCGGGCCACUGCGGCUCCCCAGAUCCCAUCGUGAAUGGUCAUAUCAGUGGCGAUGGCUUCAGCUAUAGAGACACUGUGGUCUACCAGUGCAAUCCUGGCUUCCGACUUGUUGGCACUUCUGUGAGAAUUUGCUUACAGGACCACAAGUGGUCAGGGCAAACGCCUGUUUGUGUCCCCAUUACCUGCGGACACCCAGGGAACCCAGCCCACGGGCUCACCAAUGGCAGUGAGUUCAACCUGAACGACCUUGUGAAUUUCACCUGCCACACAGGUUACUUGCUACAGGGAGCCUCUCGGGCCCAGUGUCGGAGCAAUGGCCAGUGGAGCAGUCCAUUGCCCACCUGUCGAGUAGUGAACUGUUCGGAUCCAGGAUUUGUGGAAAAUGCCAUCCGCCAUGGACAGCAGGACUUUCUGGAGAGUUUUGAGUAUGGGAUGAGUGUUCUGUAUCAAUGCAAGAAGGGGUUCUAUCUGUUGGGAACUUCAGCCUUGACCUGCAUGGCAAAUGGAUUAUGGGACCGCUCCUUGCCCAAGUGUCUGGCCAUAUCAUGUGGGCAUCCUGGGGUCCCUGCCAAUGCUAUCCUAACUGGAGAACUGUUUACAUAUGGGGCCAUGGUUCACUAUUCCUGCAAAGGAGGACAGAGUCUUACAGGCAACAGCACCAGAGUCUGCCAAGAAGAUAGUCACUGGAGUGGAGCCCUUCCCCACUGCUCAGGGAAUAAUCCUGGCUUUUGUGGUGACCCAGGGACCCCUGCACAUGGGUCUCGGCUUGGGGAUGAAUUUAAGACAAAGAGUCUUUUACGCUUCUCCUGUGAGAUGGGCCACCAGCUGCGGGGCUCUGCUGAGCGGACAUGCCUGCUGAAUGGGUCCUGGUCAGGAGUGCAGCCAGUGUGUGUGGCUGUGUCCUGUGGGAAUCCUGGAACACCCACCAACGGCCUGAUUGUCAGCAGUGAUGGUGUCCUCUUCUCCAGCUCCGUCAUCUACGCUUGCUGGGAAGGCUACAAGACCUCAGGGCUCACCACGCGGCACUGCACGGCUAAUGGGACCUGGACAGGCACGGCACCAGACUGCACAAUUAUAAGCUGUGGGGAUCCAGGAACACUGCCAAAUGGUGUCCAGUUUGGGAUGGAUUUCACAUUCAACAAGACCGUGAGCUACCAAUGCAACCCUGGCUACCUCAUGGAGCCCCCAGCAUCACCCACCAUCCGCUGUACUAAAGAGGGCACAUGGAAUCAGAGCAGGCCCAUCUGCAAAGCUGUUCUAUGUAGUCAGCCUCCUCCAGUGCCGAAUGGAAAGGUAGAAGGAACGGACUUCCACUGGGGUUCCAGCAUCAGCUACAGCUGCAUGAAUGGCUACCAGCUAUCCCAUUCUGCCAUCCUGUCCUGCGAAGGCCAUGGGGUGUGGAAAGGAGAUGUUCCUCAAUGCUUGCCUGUGUUUUGUGGAGAUCCGGGCACCCCUGCAGAGGGCCGUCUCAGUGGGAAAAGUUUCACCUAUAAGUCUGAAGUCUUCUUCCAGUGCCAGUCUCCUUUUGUACUAGUGGGGUCCUCAAGAAGAACCUGCCAGGCAGAUGGCAUGUGGAGCGGUGUACAACCCACUUGCAUUGAUCCAGCACAUAAUGCCUGCCCAGAUCCUGGCACCCCCCACUUUGGGAUACAGAAUAGCUCUAGAGGAUAUGAGGUGGGAAGUACCGUGUUCUUCAGAUGCAGGAAGGGUUACCACAUCCAAGGCUCCACAACUCGGACCUGCCUUGCCAACCUUACCUGGAGUGGAGUCCAGACUGAGUGCAUACCGCACGCCUGCCGGCAGCCAGAGACCCCAGCACAUGCGGAUGUGAGAGCCAUUGACCUUCCAGCAUUUGGGUACACUUUAGUGUACACCUGCCAUCCAGGAUUUUUUCUUGCUGGUGGAUCUGAACACAGGACAUGUAAAGCAGAUAUGAAAUGGACAGGGAAGUCACCAGUUUGUAAAAGUAAAGGAGUGAGAGAAGUUAAUGAAACAGUUACUAAAACUCCAGUUCCUUCUGAUGUAUUUUUUAUCAAGUCGGUGUGGAAGGGAUAUUAUGAAUACUUGGGAAAAAGACAGCUGGCAACUCUCACAGUUGACUGGUUUAAUGCAACCAGCAGCAAGGUGAAUGCGACCUUCACUGCAGCUUCGCAGGUGCAGCUGGAGCUGACAGGGGUCUACAAGAAGGAGGAAGCACACUUACUUCUGAAAGCUUUUCAUGUUAAAGGUCCAGCAGAUAUUUUUGUAAGCAAAUUUGAAAAUGACAACUGGGGACUUGAUGGUUACGUGUCCUCGGGACUGGAGAGGGGGGGAUUUACCUUUCAAGGUGAAAUACAUGGAAAAGACUUUGGAAAAUUCAAGCUAGAAAGGCAAGAUCCCUCAAACUCCGACUCAGACUCUUCAAAUCAUUACCAGGGGACCAGCAGCGGCUCCGUGGCGGCUGCCAUUCUGGUUCCAUUCUUCGCUCUCAUUUUAUCAGGGUUUGCAUUUUACCUCUACAAACACAGAACAAGACCAAAAGUUCAGUACAAUGGCUAUGCUGGUCAUGAAAGCAGCAAUGGACAAGCUUCCUUUGAAAACCCCAUGUAUGAUACAAACUUAAAACCCACAGAAGCCAAGGCUGUGAGGUUUGACACGACUCUGAACACAGUGUGUACAGUGGUAUAGCCCUCAGUGCCCCAAUUGGACUGAUUCAUAGCCAUACCUCUGAUGGACAAGCAGCAACCCUUUGGUGCCAUAGACCACUUUCCCUUCUCUUGCCUUGCUGCACAACCUGGACCAUCGUCUGCUGGCAUAACACAGUGGGAAUUUCCUCUCAGUAGCGGCCAAGUCCUCUGAGGCUCAAACAGCAAACACAUCGUCAUUUCAGAAGUGGAGUCUAGAAAUCCUGCUGCUCCCACUGGAAAGUAAGGCACGCACAAGGAAGACAGAGGAGUCUUGCAGACACAUCGCACUCAAUGCCUCAGACUUUGGUGUUUCUGUGUGGCUGGGAUGCCUUUCAAUGUAGUCUUCUGAGCACGUGGUGACACCCUUUGAUGCGGUGACAAAAUGGUAGCGAAUCAAUAUAUGUGUUUUUUUUUUUCUUUUUGUUUUUUUUAAUUCCCCAAGAAAGGAAAAGCUCUCCUGAAGAAAACACCUUUCUGGUAAAUGCAUAUAUGUACACUUGCUUCACUCUGCCCUGCCUGAGACAAAGAUGAGCUCCGAGGACCUCCAGGCUUUACUGAAUGUCCAUCACUAAGAACAUUUCCAAAUCUCCGAGUCAGCUAUUUCAUUGCAGAAUUUUUGAUGCACAACUUUUUUUGCACUAGUAUGUUAUGAAUGACUGAAUAAGAUUCUCAUAAAAAUAAAACUAUGUACACAGGGUUUAUAUACACCAUCCACUGUAUAUAAGAAUCCUUUUAUAUUGCAACAUCAAGAUAAACAUCCCACGACCAUCAGUUGAGUUGGAGUGUAAGGGGAAGAAUCCCCUGAUUCAGCAUAGAGUUCAAAUGGAAAUACCAUAGUGAAGAAACUUAUUCUAUUUUCACUGCUACUAGCUACAUGCAUUGUGAAUUCAUUGAAGGUGUCUAAUGAGAAAAAAGAGGCCUUUUCUUUCCCAUGUUUCCCCCUUCGGUCUCAUCUUUGUUCACUUGUCUCUAACUACUAAUCAGCAGCAGGGGUUCACAGCAACUGCUAUUUGCUGUGUAUAGUUGUGAAUAGUAAUUUAUUUUAGGUAGUUCAUGCACUCAUAUCCUUUCUCUUUCUGUGAUGUCACUCAUAAUACAAUGAAAGACUAUGCCACAGCCACAAUGUGGACUCAGAGGAAAUCACUCAGAGUGAAAAUAGCAACUGUUCCUCUUGAGGUAAGGGGAGUGCUCCCUCGCUUUCUCUCCCCACCCCUCUCAUACACACACACACACAUAUACAAAUGAUCUACUUUCCAUGUCACUUUGCCUUUCGUUUCAUGUUUUGGAGUUAUUUGCAGCAAGAUUAUUUCAAUGAUGCUUCCAGCUUGAAAUUCCUUUCAGGUAGACUACACAUUGCAGCCUAAAUAAGAAAGGUCAUGCUCUCCAACAAGGUUAAAAUAAACAGCAUGGGGAGAAGACAGGCAGGACCAUGAGAAUGUUGUAACCAAUUCAAAGUGAAGAUCAUGUUUUAUUUUUAUUUAUAUUUGUUUGAUAGAAGUAUUUUUGGAAAGAUAAUGCUUAUUUUAUUAUUUGAUGUUCAGUACAUCGUCUAGAUGUUGAAAAUUCCCCUUCGCACUUUCCAGACUGGGAUCAUCAGGAUGUCACCUUGACCUUCUACCUGCUGUGGUGACUACAUUCAUUCCUUAGCUUUAAGAUGGAUAUCUGUCUAGUGGGUAUUUUAAAAUGCAGGUCUUCUCAGUGAGUAGUGGGAAAAGAAGCCCACUGGGCUAAUAGCUAAUAGCUUUGGAAGUCAGUGUUCUGAGUGUUCAGUGGGCCUCUCUUGGCCCUUUCCAACCAACUCUCCUUACCAGGGGCACAUAUCAGGGCUCUGGCCUCUCCUUGUGACACCUUGGCCACUAUAUAUAUGGGAGGAUUGGAUGGGGACAGCAGGAGCACACUCUCUGAGCUGAAACAAAUAAAACGGUCAAGACAGAAGGCCCCAGGAUCAUGGUGCACAUGGGAGAACAGGGUCACUAUAUAUAUAUUAGGUGUAUAUAUAUACAUAUAUAUAUAUUGUACAUAUCUAAGUUUGAGUCAUUCAGACUAGGUGCAAAAUGCUGACUACAGAGUCUGAAUUAUUGUCUCUGUCCUCACAUGCCUGACCCACUUGCUGGUCAGUGACAUUCUGAAGUCCUGCAGUGACGGGACAUACAAACAUACAAGGAGCCACAUAGCAGAUGAGUGUUUUCUUCCUUUGUGUGCAAACUGUCUUAUAGCUGCCAGAUGGGAACCUGCAAUUUAAAACCAACAAAGAAACAUUGAGAGCCGAGUUCUCAGGAGACAGUCCAGUCCAGUCUCUUUCUAGGAUGUGAGCAGUGUCCCACCAGGUCUCUGAGGCAUUGAGCAUCCCCAAGGCAGUCAAGCACGCCUUGCGCGGUGAGGUGUGGAAGACCUUCUUCCCCCAAGCAACCAGAGCACGGGGAGGGGAAAGCCCUGCGACAGGUUAUGUGCUUCAAAGCUGUUUAAGCUGCUUGUCUCACACAUUUUGCCUUCAGGCUAGCUGCAAUAAUUUUUUUUUCUUCUGUAAGAUAUUUUGUAAACAACAACAAACAACAACAACAAAAAAGCUCUUAUUAAAACAAGGGGGGAAAAGAAAGCUGGCAUUAUGAUCAGGAAAAUCCAUUGUCACCGCUACCCACCUUCCCGUCCCUCCACACGCUGCUGUCUCGACGUAGGUGCAAAAGACCUUUUUGUACAGAGAUAUAUUUUUUAUGAAGAAUUUGUAAAAUUAUUAAAUAUGCUGUAAUUUUUUGAUUAAUGUAGGUAAAUUGUUAAAAAUAAAUGUUUUUACAAUACAAAACUGUAAUUUUCCCAAUAAUGUAAAAUGAACCAUCUCUAGCUGAUUUUCAAUCCCAAUCCUAUUCAACAUGUAUUCAUAUUAAAGUGGCCUGUUAAAAUGAACAGUAUCUUUUUUUGUCAAAAAAAAAAUUAUAAAGAGAGUGUAAUAUAGCCUGUGCAAUGCCACCUAUCUUUAAGGCAAAUCAGAGUUCUAAUUAAAUAUUUAAUUUUAGAUUUCUA